AGCGACGCCAAGGGCGAAGGAGAACAGGAGAUGAUUCCUUCGUCUUCGUGCGUGGCGUGGCUCUGCCUGCCUUCGUCGGCCUUGACAUGCAUGCAUGAGAUGAGCGCGAGCCGGAGACCCCCUUUCUCUUUCUGAUGAGCGAUGACCCUGUGUCUCCGGGAGGACGGGCCGGAUGAGGUGCUCACCCACCUGCGCUGGCUUUCCCGCGUCGUCCGUAUCUGCUGUGGGGGUCCACGCCGCAUAGAGGAAUGGGAGGAGGGAUCAGGGAGGCGACGCGCGCGCGAGCGCGAGGACAAAAGGCGCCUCGCGUCCCCCUCCUCUCCUCGACUCCUCCCGUUUCGCCCCACCCCACCCCACCCCACUCUAGUGCCGUGCCGUGCGUGCAGUGCGCGCCAUUUUCUGCGCUCCCCUGCUCUGCCUCGCCUCGCCCUCAUCUCGUCUUCCCCGCGCCGCGCCUCUGCUCCUCCUCGUACAGAGCAAGCUAAGCGAACACAGCAAGCCACCAAAGAGAAGCACAGCAGCAGCAGCGCGCGCGGGGGGAAGUCUUUGUUGCCGCUGUGCCGGUGCUUCUCCCCGCAUUCCUUUGUAAGAGCCAUGGGGCGGCACAAGUUCCGGCUGUCAGACAUGAUCCCGAACGCGUGGUUCUUCAAGCUCCGCGACAUGCGCGCGCGGGGCGGGGGCGGGGGCGCCGCGGCGGCGGCGGGCAGCCCCCGCGUGGCCGCGUUGCGGCCGCCCCCGAGCACGCCGAGGCAGGCCGCGCCGUGGCUCCCGCACAGGGCGUCCCACUACUACACGCCGCGGGCGGGGGACCUCGUCGGCCUGGGAUCGCCGCUGCACCCCAAGGCCUCCGACACGCGCUUCCCGCCGCUGCAGCUGUCGCCGCCGCGCCGGUCCAGCAGGCGGCGCCAUCACCACCACCACCGGAGGCGGUCCGUCAAGCUGGCGGCGGCGGCGCCGCCGGCCUCGGCCAGCAGCAGCAGCGGCGUCGCGUCGUCGCCGGCCUCCACCGCCGCAUGCCGCUGCGGCCGCGGCCGCCGGCCUGACCUCGUGGUGGUCGAGGCGCCCGACACCCCGCCGUGCCGCCGCGACAUUUUCGUCGGGUACAGCAGCGACGACGACGACGACGACGACGAGUACGUGAAGAAACCGACGGUUGCUGCCGCCGUCCGCGCCCACGACAACAAGCUUGAGGGCAAAGUGAUCACUUCCGCCACGGAUAUCAUCAUCGACCUGCGGACCGAGAGGAGGCCCGAAAAGACGACUCUCCCGCCGAUCAUGACCAAGCCGGCGGCGAAGAGGGAGCCCGACGUGUGCCAGCUCGUGGACAAGCACAUCGACGUCCUCGCACACGCGACACGACGAGCCUCGCCUGUCGUCCCCGAACAGAGCAAGCUCAAGCCGCCGAGGCGGUCCGUGUCGUCGUCGUCGGCGCGCCGCCUCAAGACGCGCGCCAACACCCCGCGCUUAGCAUCGUCCAAGAAGUGCAGGUCACCCACGACGACGACGACGACCGCGCGCUCUCCUGCGCGGACCAAGCCGCCGCCGCCGCCGCCUCUGGCUGAGAGCUUCGCGGUGGUGAAGUCGUCGCGGGACCCGAGGCGGGACUUCCGGGAGUCCAUGGAGGAGAUGAUCACCGAGAACGGCAUCCGCACCGCCGCCGACCUCGAGGACCUCCUCGCGUGCUACCUGUCCCUCAACGCCGCCGAGUACCACGACCUCAUCGUCGAGGUGUUCGAGCAUAUCUGGGUCACGCUCUCUGACGUCAAGGUGUAGCGGAGCUCAUGCAUGCAAAAUGCAACGCCACUCUUGCAUGGUGGAUUAAACGAGACCAAGAGUGGUGGUUGUAAAUCGUAAUUAUAUUCCUGUUAAUGAUCCUGAUUAGGUAUGCAGUAUUUGCCAAUCCUCUGAAACCAACCGUGCUGUUCUUCACUCCUCUUUUACCUUGAUGAUACAGUAGCGCUUAGUUGAGUUGAGCCUAACACCUGUGCACUGUACCUACACCUACCAGUGAAACUGUAACCGUAACUGAUAUGCUGGGCGUGUAGUACUAAUCCGGAAAUCAACUCUGGCGCCUGCUAAAAAAACUCGGGUGCUAUGAAAUGUGAAGGUAAUUGUGAGUAGCGACUAUACUGUUCACAUGGACCAGAUGGUAAAGAAGUGUAUACCAUUUUCAUUAGUCUUUGUUGAAGAAUUAAAGUUGGUCGAGCAUCCAAGGCCGAUGUGCUAAAAAGAAUCAUCAGUUCAGACAUUUGACUGACAACUAAUUUCCCUGCCAAUUCUGCAUUGUUGGAGAGGGACUGUAUACAAUAGUAGCAGUGUAAUACUGAUGCAAUAAAUGGUACGUAUUCACUGUAUUGUGUAGUAUUCGAUUUCAGA